UUUUAAUAGACUCUCCAAGGCAUAAUGAAUAUAUAGAAAAGUAGUUUGUGAUUAAUGAUUGGUUAAAAAGUCAUUUAGUCUAUUUGUUUAUAUGUACAUAUAUCCUUCAUGUAACUUCUUGUACACCCCCUCCCUAUUUUCUAGUAAAUUUCAGUUUGAUAACCUGUAGUUAUAUAAGAUGAGUUUUAACCUUGUAUCCUUUCUAUGUGACUAUUCUGAUCACCACCAACCCUAAUGUAUCAUUCAUCUUCUUCUCUUUUUUUUUUUACUCUGGUAGAUAUAACAUUCUCACAAAACUUCUCAAGUUAAUCUAUUGAUUUAACUUAUCAAGCUUCAAUAAGUAUUUCAUUUUUAUUUCCCAACAGUCUUACUCCCGAAGGAUCAACUACACCAAUAUAUCUCAUUAUAUACAAUAAGCAAGUAAAUGAAUGAAUGAAUGAAUGAAUGAAUCUCUAAGGGUUUUAUUGGCCUAACAGUAUAAUUUCUUGUUCAUCUACUUGUUCAACUUCAUUGAUCGUUCAAAAAUAUUCAUAUAACUAUUACAUUCAAGAUUUGUGUUUUCCCUUGAGGUUUUUUUAUUUUAUUUUGUAGUUUAACUGAGAACCUAGUUACAAUUAAAUACAAUCUAUCUUUUGAGAAUAUACUUUUUAUAAAAAUCAAUCGAUUAUCAAUAUACAAAUCUAUCAAUGAUUGACCUAAUAAUCAAUAAAAUCAUUAUUUGGAUAAUUUAUUCAUUUAUCAGAGCGUGAAAUUAUUAAACAAUAUUGGAACAUAUAUAUAUUCAUCAAUCUAUCAUUUAUAAUUUACCCCUGAUCAAUAUCUAAAUCAAUAUUGUGUUCUCUCAAUGAAGUUUAACGACCUAACCAUAUUCAAUGAUCUCAUUAUUUAUACUCAUAAAUAUAAACAUAUAUAUAUCUAUAUACAGUGAUAUAUAUUUUGACAAAUCAAUUAAAGUAAACUUGAUCCAAUUUAUUGAUCAUUGGCAAUUAGGAUUCGUCUCCAUGGAAACAGGUAUUUGAAAGUAAUCAUUAUUCAUAGAAUAUAAUACAAUAAUUCAUUAUCAGUAUCUAAUGGCUACAACAAUGAGUUUAUCUAACUUAUCUACAAAUAUUGACUUAUCAUCAUCAUCAUCAUUACAUGGACAUGAUGGAACAAUCCAAGCAAAUAACCAUAAUAAUUCUUCAUUAGAUCAAUCAAUUACACCGCAAUUAUUUACUCAAUUAGGAACAAUAACCUCAUCGACAAUAUCACGUGAUCCUAGUGAAUUAUGUACCAAUCUAAAUAUGGUUGAUCGACAUAUAACAAAUCCUAAUUUCUCUUCAUUUAUUCAACAACAUUCACAAUAUUCUAUACCAAAUCAAUUAACAUCAAAUUCAUCAAAUUAUUUUACACAAUCUAAUACACAUUUAUCUACAACCAAUAGUGUUGAUAUGUUACAACAACAACAUCAUCAUCAUCAUCAACCGAUUCAUCAUCAACAACAACAUUCAGAAUUGAAACGUGAUCAUUAUGAAAUGUUAGAUAUGUCAACAGAUCCAACGAAUCAAUUUGGUUUAGUACGUUCAUGGAUAGCUCAACAACAACAGCAACAACAACAGCAGCAACAAAAUCGGCAGAAUAGUCUUAAUCAUCUUCAUCAUUCUAAUCCUCAUCAAAAUUCACCAGAAUGUUCUACUUCACCAUCGGAUCAAUCUAAUUUUCUAAUUAAUACACCUAAUCAAUCGCAUAGUUGUCUUAUGAAUUCACAAUCACAAAAUAAUAAUAAUAAUCCUAAUUUUAAUCAUAUUUUAUCUAUGUCACCUAAUUCCCUGAUUAAUCACAAUACAACUAAUAAUAAUAGUAAUGCUAAUAAUAGUACCAAUAAUGGUACUCGUAAUGGUUCAAUGGUUUCUGCAUAUUCUGCAGUUGCUGCAGUACAUCAUUUAACUCAAAUGAGUAAUCAAAUGGUUGGUGCAAUAAAUGGAAGUAAUAAUAAUCCUAAUAACAAUCCUGUCGGGUGUUUAUUUGAUAACACUGCCGGUUCAAUGAUUAAUAGUCAUUUUCCUUUCAAUAAUAGAGGAUUAUCAUCGAAUCAGAUAGUAACUCCUACAAGAUAUCCACAUUGUACACCACGAAUGGAAGUAGCAUGGGCUCGUUUCGAGAAACAACCACCAAAUAAUUUACGUAAAAGCAAUUUCUUUCAUUUUAUCAUUGCUUUAUAUGAUCAGAAUAGACAUCCAAUUGAAGUGGAACGUGCUGCAUUUAUUGAUUUUGUAGAGAAAGAUAAAGAACCGGAGGGUGAAAAAACCAAUAAUGGAAUUCAUUAUCGAAUACGUUUACUAUUUGCUAAUGGUGUUCAACAAGAUCAAGAUUUAUAUAUUCGAUUGGUGGAUUCAUCUACAAAACAACCUAUUGCCUAUGAAGGACAAGAUAAAAAUCCAGAAAUGUGUCGAGUACUACUUACACAUGAAGUGAUGUGUAGUCGAUGUUGUGAAAGAAAAAGUUGUGGUAAUCGAAAUGAAACACCAUCAGAUCCUGUCAUUUUAGAUAGACAUUUUCUUAAAUUCUUUAUGAAAUGUAAUCAGAACUGUUUAAAAAAUGCUGGUAAUCCACGUGAUAUGCGCCGAUUUCAAGUUGCAAUAUCAUCAACUCAUGCAAUUGAACGCAAACUACUCUGUAUAUCAGAUAAUAUGUUUGUGCAUAAUAAUUCAAAACAUGGACGUCGUAUUCGUCGAACAGACUCUAUUGAUGGUGUCUACUCAACUAUAAGUCCAGUGAUUAAAGCACUAAGUCCAAAUGAAGGAUGGGUUACAGGUGGUGAAACGAUUACUGUGAUUGGUGAGAAUUUUUUCCCCGGUCUACAAAUUGUUUUUGGAUCAACUGCUGUGUGGGGUGAACUGAUUACACCACAUGCUCUACGUGUUAGUACACCACCAAGACAUUUAUCUGGUGUUGUUGAAGUGACAUUAGCAUUUAAAAAUAAAACAUUCUGUAAAAAUAAUCCAGGCAGAUUUGCUUAUAUUGCAAUGACAGAUCCUACAAUUGAAUAUGGAUUUCAAAGGUUAUGCAAAAUUAUUCCACGUCAUCCAGGUGAUCCAGAACGUUUACCACGUGAAAUCAUCUUGAAACGUGCUGCAGAUUUGGCCGAAGCAUUAUAUACAAUGCCUAAUCGUGGUGGUAUUGGAUUUCGAUCACCACAUCUACAACUAGCUUCGCAAUCACUACAACCAACAUCAUCAUUAUCAUCCUCCUCUAUAUUUUGUGCUAAUCAAGGAGAAGCAGAAGAGGAAGCAGAAGAAGAAUGUCAUCAACAACAUUCACAACAUCUAACAGAUAAUAAUCAAAAUUUAAACAAUCGAUGUACGUCAUCUUCAAAUAACGUUAAUAAUAAUACUAGUCAUAUUUCAUUAUGUCCCAAUGUAUCCUCAGUGCAAAUGGGAUCAAUGAAUAGUUUUUUAGCAUUAACUGGUCAAAAUGGUAUUAAUUUUCAUCCAUAUGGAAUAACAACAUCAACGACAACGUCAGCAGCAACACCAUCCAUUCUAUCAAGUUUAGAAUUAAAUGAACAUCGUGACAGUUUAUCAGCUUUACAUGAUUCUAGAAUUAAUUUACAUAAAGCUUUUUAUACAUUUGAUAGAAAAGAUGUUGAUAAUGUAUUAUCGAGCGGUUAUUGUUGUUGUACUACAACUGGUACAUCAACAACUACAACAAUAGCGACAACUACAACAACAACACAUUUAAUCCAUUCCAGUUCUAAUUCAACAUCUAUUAUGAAUGAUGAUAUUAUUGGUAUAAAUCAAAGCAGUCCUGAAAGUGGUACAGUUAUCAGUAAUAAUAGUAGUAGUAGUAAUAGUAGUGGUGGUCUAGAAAGUAUACAAAGUGAUAUGAAUUGUUUAGAUAAUAUAAAUCAUAAUAAUUCUCCAACAAAUUCAAAUAAUGAUGAAUUACAUAAUUCAUUAAACUGUCAUCGCCAUCAUCAUCAACGACGACAGCAACAACAAUCACAUACACAUCGUCAAUCGCAAAUGAAUCUUCAUCGAGAUCAACAUGGAUUUGGUGUUGUUGUUGAAGAUGAUAAUGAAGAGGGUAAUACUACUACUACUACUACUACUAAUACUAAUAAUAGUAAUAAUGUUAAUAAUAAUAAUGAACAUUUAAAUAAUCAUAGAUCAUGUUUAACGUUAAAUAAUAAAAGAUUAAAACAAUCAAAUCCUUACACGGAAUCCCUCAACAACCAUCAUCAUCAUCAUCCUCCUCCUCCUCAUCAUCAUUAUCAUCCAUUGAAGAGAUUACGUUGUGAUUGGUCAAUAGAAGAGAAACAUCUAAAUGAAAGUGGUCAACAACAACAACACCAACAACAAGAAGGGAUAGAUAAUCUAAUAAAAAUACCAAAUCAUUCCUUUCAGACGAUCCCAUAUAAUAUAGCACCAUUUUUAAAGCAUAUUAAUAAUGAAAUGAAUUAUAAUGAAAAACAAUUCAAUUUCAUUCCAUCAAAUUUAUAUCCACCUUAUUCUAUAUCACAAGUAAAUAGAUUAGAUACAAAUCAUGUUACUAAUGAUAAUGAUAAUGAAACGAAUGAGUACAAUGAACAUAAAGUGAAAACAUGUAACAAUGUUGAACAAUCAAUUUGUCCACAAAUUACAUCUUAUUCAAAAUUUAAUAAAUCAUUUUCUAUCUAUGAACAUAGUAGAGAUCAUCAUCAGAUAUCUCUUUCAAAAUCAACUUGUAGACUACCAUCAAAUGACUUAAGUUCGAUGGUUGAAAAUAAAACAACAGAUGAUAAUUCAUGGUCUGGAUCAUCGUAUAACUUACAGAAUUUAUCAACAUCAUUAAUUUAUCUAGCAGAUAACUAUACAGAUCAUGAUAUAGAAUCAACAUCAUCUUUAUGUUCUACAUCAGAAACACCGUCUUCAAUAAAUAAUUCAAUUAAUACUUCCCCAUCAAUAUCAUCUGUUAAAACACGACCGAAUUCUAUACAAUCAUCUAAUCAUGAACAACAAAUUCAUUUAAUGCAAAGAGUAAAAUUAAAUGAAGCAUCAAAAUCUAUUAAUCAUAUGUUUCAUUCAACUCCAACAUUAUCUUCACCUUUAUCUUUAUCAGGUUCCAUCUCUUCCUCCUCAUCCUCCUCCUCCUCAUCAUCAUCAACGUCAUCGGCUACGACUAUUCAUGAAUCAAUGAUAAGUAAAGAAACUGUAGUGGAUUCUUCAAGUCCAAUUAUACAAUGGUCAAGAUAAUCAAGGAAUAAUCGUUAACCGGAUGGAAUGAUGAUAAAGUAUAUAUAGUUCAAAGGGAAGCUACAUUGCACAACAUUUCAUUCAUCUAUUACUAUUAUUAUUAUCCUCAUCGAAUACCCCCCCUUUUUCUUUUAAAAACGACAAACAAAUACUCUGGACAGAAUCAUCCAUCAACUGACUAACUUAUUCAUUCAUUAUUCAUAUGUGUGUGUGCGUGUGUGUGCAUGUGUGUGCGCGUGCAUGUGUGUUUGUAAUCAACUUAAUAUCCAGUCCAAUGUAUUCCUAUCAUUUCAAACCCCAACACUGAUAUCAACAAGAAAAUCAACGGUAUCUAAGCAAAAAUUUUAUCCAUACACAUUGACUUGUAGUAAAAAUUUUUUUAAAAAAAUCAAAAAAAUUUUUUUCUUUCAUAAUUAAUAUCAACAUAAUGAUCUUAAUUUAUUUUGGCUUUCAUUUGUACAGUGAAUGCAAACGAAUAAUUUUUAACAAAUUGUAAUCUUAUUUUACAAAUAUAAAUAUG